CAGCAACUAUCGCGUGCUUCGACGAUAGACCACCUGCCUGUCCACUCUUAUAACAUGAGCGGGCCUGUGCUCUUAUCAGUGGACACCUGUGGGCACCGACUCUUGCGAUCGCGACCACCAUGGACACCCUCGUCGACUGCCCGUGCCUGUGCUCUUUACUCAUUCGUGACAAGCCGAGGCAUCAGUGCAGCUCCACACUGGUUUGUCCAGCGCAGACCAGCAUCAACAGCAACACAGGAUGCCCAGGUGUCUCUUGACGGCAGAUCGUUUCUACAGCACUUAGAGAGCCACUAUAGCGACGAUUUGCUCCCUCGCAGAACAUGGAGCAAUGGCAAUGAGACCGGCACAAGUGGGACCGUUCCGGUCACCCAGCUGAUGGAUGGGCUCAACUCGUCAUUCCGGAAGUUGGUUGACGCGAUCCAGCAGCAGGACGUACGCAAAGCGUUGAUAUACCUUCGCCAAGUCGUGGAGCUCCACCCAACGGACUUGAAAGCCGGCAUUGACACUUUGCCACGACCCUUUUUCACUCAGGUGUUCCAGGUCUUGGACCCAUUCAUUCUCUCCAAUACGUACGACCCAACAGCAGGCGUCCAUAUAUCCCGUGGAAUGCAUUUGCGACUGAACCUGGAAGGAACAGUGGAUGAGUGGGGGGUACGCAAGCUCUACUCGAGACUCCUUGACCGGCUCCUGCUACUUGCUGAAGCAUUGCGGAUGGGAGGGUAUAAACUCAACAACGAUGAAAUACACUGUCUCCUACGAUGUGCUGGUGCAGCAGCCGAGACAUCUACUGCCAGACAGAUCUGGAACAGCAUGGCUACGGCACGAAUACAGCAAAGUCGCAAUGCAGCCACUUACACCGAGUUUGUUCGGGCGAAAUUCCUGACAGAGCCGCUAUAUAAUGGCUGGAACAAGACGCAGAGAGUGGUCGUGCCGCGCAACCUCCAUCGAUCUCGCCUCUUACUCUCGGCAACCAGAGUCCGCAAGCUCGACCGACUCAGGUACAAAUCUGCACUCAGCCAAGGGCUGCUUGGUGCCAACAAGGCCGUCAAUCACAUUGAGCAUCAAAUGAGGACCAUGCGGAAGGUCGGUCCUGCGACCAAGCUGUGGCGACAAGUGAAUUAUAGGGGUUAUCUGACUGAAGACCUGACAUGUGCGUUCAUCACUGCCUUUGGCCGUGCUGGUGCGUUGCGGACCAUUACACAGGACAUUCUUAUGGACGUUUAUGGCCUCAGCAUCGACCACCCGAUAUUAUGGCCUAACUCUCCUCAGAUAGAAGAAGAAGUGCUUGCAAAGAAAGCCAAGGGAAGACCAUCCAAAAAGCAUAUCCCAACUGAGCAACCGCGACAGGUACUGCGGCCUACCGAGAGACUGAUGGAUGCCAUCGUCGAAGCCUUUGGGUCCAAUGGUGAGAUCACCGUUGCGUUGCAGCUUGUGGAAAAGAUAGCACGAGAGCACGACAUCACAAUACCAACAAGGGUCUGGACAGAUCUCUUGGAAUGGACGCACAUCAUGUCGAGUCGACCGCAAUCGACAAUGUGGACAAUUGCUGGCCUUGAGAGCAAGAUACCCACUUCGCAUGCUAUUGAUAUCAUCUGGCAAAAACUGCGCGCAAGCGACCCAAUGAAGGAGCCAGACUUCCAGCAACUGAUAAUCAUGGCUCAGGCAUAUUUGGGACGUGGCCGCCGAGGGGAUGCGUAUGCCUUCAUGGAGGCUGCCCUUGCUUUGUACAGAGUCACAUGUGAGGAGUACAAACACCUUGGGCUCGAAUACACACAGAGCCUGCGCGACGGUGCACUAUCGAAUUCUACCAUCCACCGGUAUGAGUGUGCCCGAUUUCAAAAACAGUCGCAGUGGUAUCAAAUCUACAAACUGUGCCGAAAGUUCCUCACCAAAUUUCGGCCCUUGCCUCGGAUCGACAAUGACUUGACGGAGCGCUUCAUUCCUAACUUCAUUCAGAAGUUUCGAGAAUUCGUCCCCAAUCCGGCAUCAUAUCGCACUGCUACCGGUCAUUUAUUCCUCGUCGACCCGGCGACCGAGCUUCUCCAGCACGUUCUCGUGGGCCACAGGACGCUCGAUAUCGCGUACAGAGGACAACGCCAGGACAGCGCGAAGGUAAAGGCAGUCACACGGAGGAAGUUGCUCAUGCUAUCGCGGCGCUCGCUAGAAGGUCAAUGGUCGACGAAGCUCAAGGCACAGAGGCUACUCCGAGACGUACGCCCUUCUUUCCGCAUGACAGGCGCAUUUGCGGCGGUGCAGCGGCAAACGUCACGAAGGGCGCGGGGCGUCGUGGAAACCGCCGUGAAUGACGACGAGUAGCCUGCUGCGACGAAAGGUAGUUUUUCUCAGAAAUAUUCGCGUUCAUGGGCUCAAAAUCAUAGUGACUCCCAAACGUGAGCGGCAAGCGUACAUUUCCUUCGUAGCGGAUUAGAGGCAUUGAAGACUCUAUCGAACCACAUGUUUGAUUACUGUUUGAACUUUCUCGCGUGCAGCAGUUUGUCAAGGAGUAUCCUCUACAUCGGUGCCCGAUCAGUAUAGGAGGAGCAGAAUAGGCCCUUGAGGGAGAACAACUCUUUUUCAGAUCUAGAGGGCUAUUUCCCCAAAUUUGAGCAGCCUAAAAUAUACAUGAGAAAUGAUCCGUUCUUGAAACAUUUGCCUUCAAGUAGUUCAAAAGGCAAGAGGUAGACAUCGAGGUACAUCUUCAGAGCUAAACUCUUCAAGACUUUAAACGUAGAAUAAUUAUCAAGAACGUUAGGACGCU